AUGUCAAAGGCAAGAGACAACGCAACUGCGACAUCGUCACAACCUUUAGAAACAAUUGACGAGUCGUCUGACGGACUUUACUUUCACGAACUAUUUGAAGAAGAGCAAGAAGCCAUCAUACAACCCACUGUUGUAAACAUGGCCGCCACAGCUCCUUGUGCAAAUAGUCCUCGUCUCAAUCCUCAAUUCGCAAGAACUGCCGCCAACGGGCGGACAUCUGAAUUGAAGACCGGUAUUCUACAGCUCAUUUGUGCAAGUCCUUUCGCCGGAUUGGACCAUGAAGAUCCAUACACUCAUCUGACUCGAUUCUAUGAGCUAGCAAGUACUACAGGUGUAGCCCAAGCGGAGGAAGAGACUUUAUUCAAAAGGUUGUUCCCACAUUCUUUGCUAUCAAAGGUUAAAGAUUGGUAUCUAGAUCAACCUGAAACAGUUAUGACCGAUUGGAAUACUCUGGAAGAAAAAUUCUUGGAACGGUUUUACUCUCAAAACCGAUUCUUUGAUGCUAAAACAACAAUUGCAGUAUUCUCUCAAGGUAGUAAUGAAUCACUAAAUGAAGCUUGGGAAAGAUUUAAGGCUAUGCUGAGAAAGUGUAAGGGGCAUGGAUUUGCAGAAGUCGAUAAAAUUCACAUGUUCCGCAACGGUCUUACACCUACUAAUAAGACACUUUUGGACACCACAGCUGGUGGCUCGUUAAUGUCCAAGAUAACUGCUGAAGCAAUUCAGAUAAUCGAGAGAAUGGCUUUGAAUGACCGACAAACUAAUCAGUCAAAUACGACAUUCUCAGCCAACACUCAAGAGAAUCCUAAAGAGCAUUGCAAAGCAGUUGUUACCAGAACUGGUCAGAAAGGUGGUGAGGGGGAAGUUGAAAUCAAUGAUACUGAGAAGGAGGAUAACAAUCGUGCUGCGGAAGAUGAGGAGAAUGAAGUCAUAGUGAGCGAUAUGAAUAAAGAGGCUGAAAAAAAUAUAGGGUUGCGGCGCGCGAAUAUACAGUCGCGGCGCACCAAUGACAAAAUAGCCAGCAGUGUGAUCCCCAGUCAACAUCUCCCAUAUCCACAUGUACCAUCAAAAAAGGAUCAUGCUAGGCAGUAUGCAAGGUUUAUGGAAAUUUUUAAGCAAUUACAAAUCAACAUUCCAUUCUCCGAAGCCAUUGACCAAAUGCCAAAGUAUGCAAAGUUUAUGAAGGAUAUUUUGACAAAGAAGAAGAGACCAGAAGAAGAAGUGGUUGUACUUGAUGCUCAGUGUAGUGCUAUAGUCUCCCGUCUCCCUCAAAAAGCAAGAGAUCCGGGACGAGUCACACUACCAGUCACGAUUGGUAACCAGCAUAUUGGGAGUGGAUUGAUAGAUCUAGGGUCAAGCAUCAAUCUAAUUCCUCUAUAA